AUGCUGGCCGCUAGGCUGAGCGGGUCCUUUUCCAUUGCCUUCUUUGGGAACAGCCUGGUGGCGAUCCUGGCUGGGGAGAUUGGGCAGUACACCGCGGACAAGCUGCCGCUGACGCAGCUCUCGGGCAGUGGCCCGGCGGAAAACACAUUCAAGCCGCGGGCGGUGAAGCGGCAAGCGGUGCAGCGCGUCCACUACGGGGGCUACACCGCGCCCUUCGUGACGGCCAACCUCUUCCUGGUCCUAUGCCUCUUUCUGCUGAUGGGCACGUGGUCCGAGAACUAUGGCCAGGUCGGAAAGGAUGUUGACCAGAAAACUGACGGCCUCAUGGGAGCAUUCAACUUGAUCAUGGGCCAACCUUUGAUCGCACUUUGUGGACUUGUUUGUUGCCUUUUCGAAUCAUCUAUGUUCAUUUUUGUCUUCAAUUGGACGCCUGUGCUUAUGGAGGAGGGGGAGCCGGACCCACCCUUCGGCCACAUCUUUUCUGGAUUCAUGAUCAUGUGCAUGUUAGGCAGCCGAUUGUUCUCCAUGGCCAGCCACAGCUUCACCAACGAGAGGAUAGGCAUGUACGUGCUCUUUGUGGCCGCAGCGUGCCACGCCAGUGUUCUCCUCACAGAGUCUGUUCCUGUGCGCUUGCUGGCAUUCUUUCUCUUUGAGAUGUGUGUUGGCAUGUACUUCCCGAUGAUGGGCACCAUGAAGGGCCAGAUCGUCCCUGAGUCCAAGCGGGCCACCAUCUACAACAUCUACCGGGUGCCACUGAACGCCAUCGUGGUGGCCACGCUGAUGCUGAAGCUGGGCGCGGGGGUCUCGUUCUUCAUCACGAGCUUGAUGCUGGUGGUUGCAGCUGGGGCCCAGGCGCGCAUCAUUGGGAUGGGAGGAGCUCGCCCGGCGACGCAGCCGGCACCGAUGGAGGAGGAGGAGGAGGAGGAGGAGGAGGAGCAGCUGCUGAUGAAAGUUGGAAAGCCCGCAGGGGAAGAGGCGUACAUGUUGGCAACGGCAGGGGUGGACGGAGUGCUACAGGCCGGCCUCGGCAUGCUGCUCAUGCUCUUCAUCGCUGGGACUGUGCUGGAGGUGCGCCUUGUGCUGUGGAGCUCCCCCGUUUUGCUCUUUGUGACGUUGUCCAUGCUGGCGAUGGCUGGCUCCAUGAUGGGGUAUUUGAUCUGCCUGCUGUGCCCCAGCGCACGCUUCGCCAGCAGCGUGGCCCAGUUCACCCUGGCCUGGGCCAUCUUCGCGGCGCCCACGGCGCCGGUUGGCCCGGUAGUGCCGGCAGCCGGGAAGCAGUAUUGGACUGAGCUGGCGCUUCCUGUGAUCCCGGCGUACCGCGCCUUCUUCGAGCUGACGGCUGCCUGCGUCAAGGGCCGCUGCAUGGCGCUGGAGGAUGUGACCAGUGCGCUGCAGCAUGGCAGGUGGGCGGCGCCUCACGCCUUGUUCUUCGGUGCUGACGGCGGCCCAGAAUGGGAAAUGAACCCGGCGGAGUCUUUGAUCAGCUUCCUGGGGAUGACAGCGGUUCAGAUUAGCGGAGGAAUCCUCUUGAUGAUCCUGCUUGACAGGCGGCAGUACCCAGCACUGAGCCACUCUGGCGCUGCGGACCCAGAGGUCCUGGGUCCCAAGACGCUGCUCCAAGUCAAGGGUCUGCUCCACAGCUAUGGUUGGCUGACCGGAAGGCGGCAAGCAGAAACUCUAACGCUGAAGGGCGUGAGCUUUAAGAUUGAGCGCGGCGAGAUGCUUGGCUUGCUGGGGCCCAAUGGCGCUGGCAAGACGACCGCCAUCCGAUGCAUCACUGGCGAGGAGGCGCCCAAAGAAGGCUCGGUCUCCAUCGGCUCAGAGGUGCCCGGCGGUGCAUGUAUCGGCCUAUGCCCGCAGGACACUGUCAUCAAUGGGGACUUGACCGUCUUUGAGAACUUGCUGUUCUUUGCUCAUGUACGAGGCGUGAGCGGGGACGCCGCCCGCCGGGCGGUGGCCGAGAUCCUGCGGGCCACGCGCCUUGAGGAGAAGCAGCACGCGCUGCCCGACGCGCUGAGCGGCGGCAUGCGCCGCCGCCUGGCGGUGGGCUGCGCCAUGAUCGGGGUGCCCUCGGUGGUGAUCCUGGACGAGCCCACCACCGGCCUCGACCCGGUGAGCCGCCGCGGCAUCUGGGAGACCAUCGCGGAGGUCGCGCCGGGCGCGGCUUUUGUGCAGGUUGGCCCAGGCUGGGCGAUGGAGCGCAGAGCGGGUUCCAGCUUUGCCCUGGUCUUCUUGACGCGCGCAAGGAUCAUGCUGUACGCCCCUUCACAAGCGCCCGUUUCCAUGAAUGAGGGCACCAGCCAAGCUGGCGGGCAGGCAGCCGCCGCCCUGGCCGCGGCCUUCGCCGUGCCGCAGCGGAGACGCUGUGCACUGCGCGCGGAGCCGGCGGAGCCAGAGGUCGUAGAUGCCGAAGGUGACGUGAACUUGGAUUCCUUCAGUGAGAUGACGCCUUACGGCGUCUACCGCAGCCCGCCAGCGCGAAUUUUCGAGGGCACCGAUGAGGUGGAUGUCUCGAAGAAGGAAGAGCGGCCGGCGGGCUCCAGCGAGGACAACACCUACUUCUGGAAAAUGACGCAGGACAAGAGAUUUAUUGAGGUGAUCGUGCCGGUGGACGACUGGGUGGAGGCCAAGGAUGUGGUCUACCGCAUCGGCGAGGAGCCGGAGGAUCCGAGCCGCGGCCCGACCCUGGAGCUGGGGUUCCGUUACAAAGAUGAAGAUGGCCGCUUCAAAGAGCAUCUUCUCAUCGACGGCCAGAUCUUGAAUGCUGUACGGAGGGAGGAGUCCUUCUGGAUUUUGGACGACAUGGUCGGCGUGAAGGUCAUCAUUCUCACUCUCUCCCGGCCGCGGAUGAGGAGGCAGCGGCACGAUCCCAUCCUGCGAAGGAAGACCGAGGAGGAGAGGAUAGAUCCUCAAACAUGGGAUGCGCUUCUGGUUGAAGACCGAAUCAGACCAGACAUCACGAACAAGGUCUUCAUGGACUUGGAGUUUGAGGGUGAGCCCGCAGGGCGUUUGGAAAUCGGGCUGUUCGGCGCUUUGCUGCCGAAGACGGUGGAGAAUUUCCGGGGCCUUUGCAACGGGCAGUACGUUGAUCAAGAAGGAAAGGAGCAGAAAUCUGCCUUCUGCUACAAGGGCUCGAGCUUCGGGCACAUCAUGGGCAACCACAUCAUGUCAGCAGGCAAUGCUGGGCUGGAUCUUGAACUGAUAGAGUUUACUCCUGACGAGCUUGUCGACUACUACCAGUUCUUCAAGGACUUUGACCGGUCGCCGGAGACCGUCGGGAAGGUGCUGAAGGGCUGGGUGAUCCGCUGGGGCGCCGACCUGGGCCUGGGCGAGGACGCCUUUGGCAAGAUCAGGAAGGAGGGCCAGGCCACAGAUUCUGACAGCAAGGGCGAGCUCAAGGAGAUCUCGGAGAUCAUGGAGAAGUUGAUCGAGAAGGGCGAGGGCGCCAAGAUCUGGUUCUACAAGCCAGAAUGGGAGAAGGGAUGUGACAUGAAGGGUGGCUUCUUUCCGGCUGAGGGGUUCAAGGUCCCUCACAUGAAGCGUGGCAUGCUGACCAUGGACAGGCACGAGACGCAGGAUUAUCAAGGCUCUGUGUUCUUCAUUACCCUGAAGGAGUUCCCCCAGAUGGACCAGCGAUGGGUCUGCUUUGGGGAGAUCCUCUCGGGCCUGGAGCUCCUGGAUCAGAUGGAGGAGCAAUACGAGGGGUUUGCCGAGAAGGUCACAAUCGCUGACUGCGGGGACCUGUCUUGA